UGCCAGAAGCGGCGCCAGGGUAGGGCUUGGUUGGGCUAUAGCCCAAUCAAGAAUUGUGUUAGCCCUACCGUUAGCCCUACCAUAAAACAACCAAGAAAAGUGCGGAGUCCAACAGCGCCCCCACGUCGUAACGGCAUUCAGGCAGCUGCAAUGACAACUGUCACUGAUCUGGGUUCAUUAAGAGUCGGCCUCCAGCAUCUGCCGUUAUUAUUAAUCAACAUGGACUGUGCUGUCCUGAGAUCAGUGGGGAACCUGUCAGUCACUCCUGUGGGCGCGCUUUUAGUGUAUGCUCGACACAGACAGUUUGGUUGAAAUUUGAAUCAUCUUUGUUAGAAGCUACCUGGCUGUAGUAGUUAGAGUUAGUGACUUACAGUCACAUUAUUAAGUUAACGUUAGUAAGCUGGUCAAAAUUUAUCAUGGAUAAAUUAGUUUUUGAACGUCGUCGGACGGAAGAACAGAUGGCGGUGGCGGGCGUUUUGGAUAAAACUACGGACACACCGUUGACACCUGCGGGGGAAGACGACCACUCAGGUCCCGCGUCUCCCAUGUGCCAGGCUCGGCCAGACAAAGAUGAGCAAGAAGAAGAGGAGAUGGAGCAGCAGGAGGAAGAGGACGAGGAAAGGGGCUGGCAUGGUCAGCCACAGCCAACCACUGCCGGCAUGGACACUGGCCAUGAUGCUAAUGCUACCACUGACAUUAGCAAACGACCUGGAGAUGGACCGCAGCGCCCCAUCAGGAAAAAUUACCCUUCAAGGCUAAUAGGUAACCAGCAGAGAUCUUUCAAUGCUACCUGGUUUGACAUAUACAGCUGGCUUGAAUAUUCAGUUGAGAUGGACACAACUUUCUGCUUCGCCUGCCGACAUUUUUUGGGUGGUGGUGGGCACCGAUUCCAUUCAGAGCCGGCCUUUUCUAAUGGAUACAAGAACUGGAAACACGCAACAGCAGCCCUUAAAAAACACAACGCAAGUGCGGCACACAAGUUCGCCAUGGAGGCAUGGGCUGAAUUUAAACUGGCAACGACAGAUGGCUCGAGAUUAGGAAACAUGAUAGAUGCGGGUCAUUCAAAAAUCGUAAAGGAAAACAGAGAGUAUAUGAGGGCUGUGGUUAUGUCCCUACGUUAUACUGCAUGCCAAAGUAUUGCUCAGCGAGGUCACCGAGAGGAUGCAGAGUCAGAAAAUAAGGGCAACUUUGUGGAGCUGCUGAACGUAAUUGGUGAAUUUGAUCAGACAGUAGCAAAGAAACUGAAGGAUAAUCCAAGAAAUGCUAAAUACACACAUAAAGACAUUCAAAACGAGAUUUUUGAGAUUAUGGCUGACAUGGUCAGAAACGAAAUAAGUGAAGAAACCCGAGAAGCAGAACAUUUCGCCCUAAUGGUUGACGAAAGCAAAGAUAUCCGUAAAAAUGAACAGAUUUCCAUUGUUGUGCGGUAUUUAAAAGGAGACAAUUUGCGUGAGGAAUUCCUGCACUUCGCGCAUGCAGAUGGCCUGGACGCCGACUCGCUCCUGAGAAGCAUACAACAGACUCUUUCACAGUGUAAUAUUGACAAAAACAUGUGUGUCGGACAGUGUUAUGAUGGCGCUGCAGUUAUGUCGGGCUCCAAAAGUGGCGUUCAGCAGAAAUUCAAAAAGGAUGUGCCACAAGCACUGUACAUUCAUUGUCAUGCGCACAGGUUAAACCUCGUUUUGGUUGAUGUGGUCCGCAAUGUUGAAGCGGCAGCAGAGUUUUUUGAAACUAUACAAAUGUUGUACAACUUUUUCUCCAACUCUGUCGCCCAUGAUCUGUUCAUCAAGAAACAGAGAGAGAUUGAAUCAGUGACACAGCCCGUUGAACUGAAGAGCCUAUCCGACACACGCUGGGCAUGUCAAUAUGCGGCAUUGGUGGCAAUCCGAAAGUCACUGCCUGCAAUACGGGCGACACUUCUGGAUAUCAUGUCUCAGCCUAAUGCACGGAGGAAAACUGAGGCCAGGGCUGUGAAUGGACUUGUUGAUGAACAGUUUGUCCUGCGUCUCACGCUUUUCGAGGAGCUAUUCCGGGUCACAAAAUUCAUGUCUGACCAGCUCCAAUCUCCCACUCUUGAGCUUUCGUCCACAAUAGACUUAUCAGAGUCAGUCAUAGCGACAUUGUCAGACAAACGCGCAGAAGAGUCGUGGAUUGACAUUCGGGACAGAGCAGCGGACCUGUGCACCAAAGCCGGUGUGAGCCAGGAUGGGACAUGCGAAAAGAGACGGACACAGCCUCCUCGAAUUCUUCAGGAGUUUGUUGUCGAGGCCCCAGUUGAGCGCACACCUGUUACAACUUCAGAUGCGCAGCGCACACAUUUGUAUUACCCAGUAAUUGACAGACUUGUGGGUGAAAUGAGAAGACGUUUCUCAACCGAGGCCGGAGGUGUUUUAACUGGAGUCUCGGCACUCAGCCCCAAACAUGCGUCUUUCCUAGACAAGAAAUGUCUGCAGCCCAUGGCGCAGUUCUAUGGAGUGACUGAGGAAAACCUGACAGCAGAGCUACACCAAAUUCAGCGUCUGCUGGAAAGAAAGAAAGCACAGGGACAUGUAGUGGAUGACACUUUGGAAUUUCUCGCUUUAAUGCGACCUUACCGGGAUGCUUUUGUGGAUUUAUACAGACUCAUCUGUAUUUCACUGACCCUGCCCGUGACCUCUGCUUCGUGCAAACACAGUUUCUCCUGCCUCCGUCGGAUUAAGAACUAUCUACGGAACAGCAGCGGUGAUACCCGAAACAGCAACUUGGCGCUGCUGUCCAUCAACAAACAAAGGACAAAGACUUUGGAUGUUCAGCGCAUCAUCGACAUCUUUGCCUCCAAUCACAAAAACCGGCGGAUUGUACUCAUUUGAAAAUCUCAACCUGGUGAGUUUCAAUAUUGUUUUUGGAAACUUUAGUGACGUUUUGCGUGUUGUCCGCAUGAUGUCCCUUCCUUGCUGCUGUCUUGUUUCUUGAUUAGCAUGUUAAAUUAGUUGGAGAUGUGUUUUGACUCUUGGCUGUUGUGUGGUAGUAUUUUGUUUUGUUUAAUUGGGUGAUCUGUGU